GAAAAGUUGGAGCAGAUCGAUCUCAUGGACGAAUGCGAGGAGUAUUUUCGACAAGUUCAUGACCACGAGGCUCAUGCACAAGAUGCUAUUCAAAUUCAUCCUGAUGCUGGGACUAUGAAGCGGCAUACAAAAGGAGCUAACGGAACUGACGGCGGACUUGGGCUUGCCUUCAGCGAUUGUGAGGUGGAGGACGUCGAUGUGAUUCAGCAGCCCGAAAUAAAGCAAAGUGGCGACGAGGAGGUGAAAGAAGUGCAAAAAAACAAUGCCAAUGGUGAGACCACAAGCAAAAGUCUCGCCGGCGUAGUAGGAAGCUCCAGCACGACCUUCGAUGAAGAGGACGAUACAACAGAAGUUGCCGUCGCCCACGAAAUAGAAGAUGUCGACCCUUUGGCGAAAUUAGCCGCGCGAGCUGUUCCCUUAACGAGGUUAAACGUUCUGGCGGCGGGGAUUCGGCGGUUUUUGGCCGCGAAAAGAAGUGCAGCAAAGAUCACAAAGGACUCCUCGUCCGGGAAUGGCGCCGCAGCGGCGUCGAAGGAUAGUAGUUGGCAGGCAGCUCCGGGGGCGUCCUCACCUGAGCAGAGCGAAGAGCUGGAACGCUUGUUCCCAGCAGGUUGUAGUAGAGCGUCGAAAAGAUUUAGAUGCAAGGAAACGCCGGGUAAGCGCUUGCGGAGAAACAAGAAGGUGAAAGCAAAGGACGAGGAGGAUGAUGUGAGCAACUACCCGACGAAGAAAACAACGGACGAGACCACCGUGGAGGAAGACCACGACGGUGAAGCUGAAGAGGAGGUCAUGAAGCUGCUCCACAGUUUAGAAGAAAUCAUCGAAGAUGAUGGAUCCGGAUAUUUUUACGAUAAUGCAUCACCAGCCUACGAUCCCUACAAGAACAGCGACUCGACUAAUCGCGACAAGAAAAUCCGUGACUGUAUACGGGACGUCAGUCUAGUCGAACUUCUGGACAAUUUGGUAUCCUCCUCGGACGAGGAGGAUCAGGGCUGUGGUGCUGAAGUUCUUGGUGAGCAGCACGACUCAACAUCCAAAAAAGCACGACAAGCUCGCGGUACACUUAGGAUGAACCGGCAGCGUUGUAAAGUAUUACGCCUGCAGCGACAAACGAAAGCGAAACUGCUGGAGGCGGCGCUGUCUGUCUACAAGCGGGAGUUGGGAAACAAGAGUUUUCUGUUUCCAACCAUCGCUGAUCUGAAGGAGGCGGGGCUGCUGCGGAAGAACUGGCGCGGCGACAUGCAACUUGUCCGGAAGCGGAGCGAGAAAGAGAUGGAGAUGCUGGCUUUGGUGCGGAAGAUGACAAAAAUGAAGGGCACUGGUUCUCGUAAGAAGCGCGGAAGAAACGGAAAACGCGCCAAAGUAAGGACAAGGAACAAUUUGGGCGUGGUGGGGGGCGGAAGGGGGAACGGCGCGGCGAGUGACGAGGAAGAGGAAGGCGGAACAACUUCGUCAAACAGUUCUUCUGAUGGAAAUGGACAAGAUUUUGACGAAGAUUGUGAAGACAUGUUUGUCGAUUCCGAAGACGAGGAUUUGUUCAGCGUCGACCCCUCCGCGACACCCGGAGCAGCAGGCGCCGCUUUCAAGAGGAAUAGAAGGCUAUCAAGAUUAUCCUCUUCAUCGCUCCACAAACGUGGGAGGAGGAAAAACAAGCGCAGACGAGUCAUUAACCCCUACUCCCCGGUGCAGGGCGUCCCGCGCCACGCCGGGAACGUGAAGCGGGUGAAGAGAGAGGCGAAGAAGGAGGCCGACUUGCUGGGCGAAGGGUGGCUGUACAGUUUGCAGGAAGAGAAGCUGGGGGGAGUUUUGCAGAGAGACAAGGUUGUUGACAGCACCUCCUGCGAGGGGGCUUUACUGCUGUCCUCAGCGCCAGCAGCAGCAGCUGCCCCUGCCGCGGCCGGAAGGCCGCAGCAGCAGAAUGGGCCUCGUUCUAGUUUCAUGUCGUCAUCUAAGAAAGCAAAGCAAGCCUCUGCAUCAAAAAUGAGUGGGGUGGACGAUGGUGAUACAAGUGAUAGCGAGCGUGAAGACGACGUGAAAGAUGCGGAUCAUCCGGGGCUGGAAAUUCCGGAGCUGCAGGACGACGAAGAGGAUCAGCACGAGGAGGAGGAAGACAAAAUGUCGUUCUCACUGGAUGGCUUGGAAGACCAGGGUACCCAAGGCAUGAAGAAGAGGCGCAACAUGCAAAUACUUCAAGCAAAAAACAAAUCGGGUGUGGGUCAACAUCAUGGUCGUCAUCAGGAACGAGACAACAUUUUCGCCAGAAUCUUUCUCAGUGUCAAGGACGCACGGGGGCUGGGGAGCUCCGGUGUGAGCAGCAUAGAGGAGUACGAGAAGCCAGGCUCGCGAACAACGAGGUCAACAUCUACUACUGGAGCGCGGUCUCUGCUUCGAGGAGAACGAGAAGGAGAAAUAAGCGAGGGGAUUAUGGAUGCAAAAGCUCGAGGAGAUAUCGACGAAGAAGACCUCCACGACGCAGAGAAACACCAGGUCGUGGAAAGCAAGAAAUCGACAAGCAGAAAAAACCGAGCCGGAACUACACCUGCUAAGAGGUUGGGUGUAAGAACAAAGGCGAAAGCGAAGCAUCAAAAACUCAACGACAGCGACAAUGAGGAGAACGAGGAGGUGGAUUCUGAAAAGGAAGAUGAACUACUAUCGAAGCAAGCACCGGAUCUACUCUCGGACAUGGAAACCGCCGGCGGUCAUCCCGGGGAUCCAUCUUCAAAGCCAUCCGACCAAAAGAGAAAAGCGCGGCCGUCCGUUCAAGAACAUCUGCUUUCCUCGCAACAAGCCGCGACUGGGCUGAAAAAAGAAAAAACGCUGAUGGAACACGACGUCGCUCAGAAAACCACGAACGGAAGUAAAACAGCGCCAACACGUCCUUUCGACGAAGCUCCGCAGCAACCAGCUUUCACUUCUGCGGCAUCUUCAGAGGCUGAGGCAGCUCCGGCGGCAACAGAAGUUGCGAAAGCCGAGACGCAAACUGGAAAAAUGAACCGAGGUGGAGCAGUAGAGCCUACUCCACCACCACCAGGUCCAUCUACCGCUAAAAAAACCAGCACUUCUUCUGCAGAAAUAACGGGUAGGAGAAAUAACAACAAAACGGACGUCAAGAUGCUUCUUCCAGCACCACCCGUCCGGCCAGCAAUAAAAUCACGAACACUGCUACAACCCUCCGCUUCCAGGACAAUCGCGACGGGGUCUCAGAGUGUCCCGCUAAUGCCGUCGUCAACUUCGAAUUCGAGCCGAAUGCUUUUACAACCAGCCGGGGGCAGAAACGCGACGUCAACUGCAUCUUCCGGAACAAGCAGUAGAACGGCUGGAAUCUUCGCGGGGAACAAAACGCAGCCACCCCCCGGCGUGUUCGCAAGCGCCGCUCCUUCUGGUCGCAUGCCUUCGUCUGGGCGCGCACCUUCUUCAAACAGUGUGAUGUUCAGCAGGGCGGGGCCGUCAACAUCAAGUGGCCGCAUGCCUUCUGGUACAACUGCUCGUGGAGCAGGCGGUCCGAGCGGACGGAUGCCAUCGCUCCCGAAAACAAUGCCUAGUGGUCGCAUGCCGACGGGGACAGCGAAGAAAUGAUGUAGGAGAAUGAAUGUUGAGCGACUUGAUUGACAUAAGAAGACGAACCAGCGACUGAAACAACUGUACUUCGGACAAAACACUAAGUAAGUAGAAACAUCCAGGCGAUCUAGAAUGUACUAGGACGAGGACAAGAAUGAUGACGAAGUUUACGAAUACAUCUUCAACCCGAGCGUGUUUCUAAAGCUUUCAGCUAUCAUCUG